AUGGGUAUCGGCAGGGAUGAUCGAGUUGCGAUCUUCCCAGGGGACGAUGAACGAUUUGCCGAGUUGGUUAUUGCUGUGACUCGGAUUGGCGCUGUUCUGGUGGUGCUAAAUAAGACUUUCACAUUCGUGGAGUGUGAUCGGGCCAUCCGACAUACAGAAGCUUCUUUGCUCUUCAUAGGUGACAUGGUGAACUUCAAAUCAACUAGGCCUCUCAUCCAGCAUAUCCAGGCCCACCCAGUUCCUGGCCUGAAGCAGACCGUCUUGAUCCGAACCAAUUAUGUUGAUACUAUUGAGCUAGUCACCUGGGAUGAUAUUCUACGUUUAGGGAACUCGGUGUCACUGCAAGACUUACACCAAGCGCAGCACUCGGUGCAUUGCCAUGAUAUAGCCUAUGUCCAGUUCACUAGCGGAACAGCCGGGGUCCCAAAAGCUGCUAUGCUUAGCCAUUAUGGUGGACGCUUUGAUACGUUAUGGAUGUACCGUGCUGCAUGGCGUUCCAACUAUGUUCGUGGCUAUAUUACAGCAGCCACGGACCCAGAUAGAGAGAAACUGGAAACUGGAUCCCGGGGCGAGCUUUGCAUAUCAGGGUAUCUGCUACAGAAGGGAUACUACAAGAACGAGGAAAAGACAGCCGAAGCUCUGUGUCGCAUCACGGGAAGGAUCAAAGACAUCAUUAUCCGAGGAGGGGAAAAUAUCUAUCCAACGGAAAUCGAAGAAAGGCUUAUGGAGCCACCUGACAUUGAGCAGGCUGCCAUUGUCGGACUUGAGGAUGAUAAAUACGGCGAGAUUGUGGCUGCAUUUUCUUCAAUCACCCCCACAGCGUAA